AUGUGUCUGCCCAACAGGGCAUUAAAGAUCCGGUCCAUCGGUCACAAGCCUUUCAGACAUGCCCAUCGGUAUCGCCGAAUCUUCUCCAGCAGAGACAGGCUUUUCCGCAUAUCGGAGGAGGUCCAAGAUGCUCUUGCAACGAGCAAGCCCGUCGUCGCUCUGGAGACGACCAUAUAUACGCACGGCUUCUCCUAUCCUAACAACGUCGCUUUAUCCUCUCGCCUUGAAUCCCUAGUACGCGUCAAUGGCGGUGUGCCUGCAACCAUUGGAAUCCUUAACGGCACGGCGUGUGUGGGCAUGGAGGCCGAGGACCUGAUACAACUCGUCUCUACCGCUGGUAAUGAGAACACGUGGAAGAUCUCGAGGCGAGAUCUGGGCUUCAUUGGUGGCCUGGGUUUAAGGGGUCAGAAACUUAAUGGCGGAACAACGAUUGCUGGUACGAUGAUCCUCGCACAUCUGGCAGGGAUAAAAAUAUUUGCCACCGGCGGCCUGGGAGGAGUCCAUCGAGGGGGAGAGAAUUCCAUGGACAUCUCAGCAGAUUUGACUGAGUUGGGCCGGACACCCGUGACCGUAAUCAGUUCUGGGUGCAAGAGCUUCCUCGAUAUUCCACGGACUCUGGAGUAUUUGGAGACACAAGGUGUCGGCGUGGGCACAUUUGCAGAUGGAAGAGAAGGCGCCGUGGACUUCCCGGCCUUCUUCUCUCGAGAGAGCGGUGUCAAAAGUCCCAAAAUCAUCCUGGACGAAGCCGAUGCUGCCGCCAUUAUCUACGCGCAAUCCAAGUUUCCGAUCCACUCGGGAUUACUUUUGGCCAACCCAGUCCCGGAAGACUCGGCAAUGGAAAAGGACGAGAUUGACUCUAUCAUGGCUGAAGCUGUCGCGGAAGCCGAGGAGAGAGGCGUGGGUGGAAGUGCCAAUACUCCUUACAUCCUGAAACGGAUCCGGGAACUGAGCAACGGUGCAAGUGUGAAGGCGAACGAGGCUCUAAUUGAAGCCAAUGUCAUUCGUGGGACCAAGAUCGCCGUGGAAUUGGCCAAGCUGGAACGACAAGACGGAGCUGCACCACAGCGAUUGCCCGUGGCAACUCUCGACCAGCCCAGAAGGAAGCUGACGAUGCCGGGGAAAAGCACAUCUGAGACAACCGAGCAACUGCAUCGGCAGGUAGAGCUACUUGUUGCAGGCUCACUUGCUAGCGAUACACUCUGUGACUAUCAACCACUCGACAAUACUUCAAAUUCGACCUCGCCGAGUCUCCACACUUCCAAUCCGGCCAACAUUUCCCAGUCUCCAGGUGGAGUUGGGCGUAAUGUGGCACUGGCUGCUUACCUGGCCGGUGCAAAAGUCACCUUGGCGAGUGUGGUUGGAGACGAUCUUGCAGGGUCAUCACUUCUGGACCAUAUCAAGACAAGCGGCCUCGACAUUGCGAACAUAAGGAAGCUUCCUACCGAAGACGGUGCGAGGACAGCGCAAUACGUUGCAGUCAAUGAUCAAAAUAAAGAUCUCUUGCUUGCGAUGGCGGAUAUGUCGAUCUUGGCUCGACCUGAAUUAGAGGCAUUGGACUACUGGAUGGCAAUGAUAGGAAAGACUAAGCCGAAGUGGGUUGUCAUCGACGCCAAUUGGUCUCCGGCAAUCCUCUCGUCAAUAUUUACGGCUGCGAAAGCCCAUCAGGCGAUGAUUGCCUUCGAACCCGUUUCCACCGCCAAAGCUGCACGCCUUUUCCACAAACCCACUUCGGCGAAAACGAGCGCCAAAGUCGUACCAAGUCAUGUUAUUAGCCUCGCUUCUCCCAAUGCUCUAGAGCUGACGGCCAUCUAUAAUGCAGCCAGGGAUGCGCUGAUGUUUGAAUCCGAGCAGUGGUGGCGCGUAAUCGACAGUUUGGGUCUCUCGGGAACAGAUCCACGACAUCGCCUGACUUCGGUUGCUGGGCGCGAAUUGGUUGACGAGGGCAUCCCGCAACAGUGCAUUCAGCUCUUGCCAUUUAUCCCGAACCUAGUGACAAAACUCGGGCGGAAAGGGUGCCUUCUAGCAUGUUUACUGAGGCACGGGGAUGAGAGACUAACUCGCCCCGAAAACGCCCCGUACAUUCUGUCUAGAAAUUUCUCUGAUUCUUCGGAAAUCGGCGGAGUGUAUAUGCGACUCAUCCGCCCGUCCUGCGAAGUCAGCCAGGAAGAAAUUGUGUCUGUCAACGGGAUUGGUGAUACAAUGCUGGGCGUUAUUGUUGCAGGCCUUGUAAAGGGGCGCGCGCUUGAAGAGGUGGUACCGAUUGCCCAAGAUGCUGCCAUACUUACCCUAAAGUCUGCAGAAGCAGUGUCGCCAGAAGUUCGGAGCAUUCAAGCCAGACUGAAAUGA